CCCGCUUUACCCCGGUUUCCGGCCACUUCCGAAUGGCGGCACUAGUACUUCCGGGUCGGCGCGUCCCGUGGCUGAACCUCGCAGCGUUGCCCGCGACUCCGUGAAGCGACCCUCCUCCCCACAGGCCGCGGUUUCGGAGGCCCCCCCUUCCCCCCCAAAACACACGCCCCCACGCCUGGCGGGGGUGGGGGAACGGUAGCGACGGCGGCGCCCGCCCGGCCCGUAACGAAGACAUUGGUUCAGCAUGGGUCGGAGGAGAUAGUAGGGGAAGGCAUCAGAGCGUGGCUCAGGAUGGCUUUCUUGGAUAACCCAGCCAUUAUCCUGGCUCACAUCCGGCAGUCGCAUGUGACCAGCGAUGACACGGGGAUGUGUGAAAUGGUCCUCAUCGACCACGACGUUGACCUGGAAAGAAUCCACCCGGCUUCGGCCAACGGGGACGACAGCUCGGAAGGACCAAGCAGCAACGGCGAACCUCAGGGUUACGUGUACUCUCAGUCCGUGGACAUUACCUCAAGCUGGGACUUCGGCAUUCGAAGGCGCUCAAAUACAGCUCAGAGACUUGAACGGCUAAGGAAAGAGAGGCAGAAUCAAAUCAAAUGCAAAAAUGUGCAGUGGAAAGAGAGAAAUGCCACCUGUUCUGCCGAAGAGCUGAGCCACCUCUUUGAGAAGAAGAACUUCAAAGUGAAGCCUGCCCAUGCUCCUGUGAAGCCAUCCAUCCUCUCAGUCCGACUGGAACAGUGUCCUCUGCAGCUGAACAACCCCUUCAACGAAUACUCCAAGUUUGACGGCAAGGGCCACAUUGGCACAACCGCAACAAAAAUCAUUGACGUCUACCUCCCACUCCACGCCAACCAGGACAAGCUGCAACCCAUGACUGUGGUGACGAUUGCCAACGCCAAGGUGCAGGACCUGAUCGGACUCAUCUGCUGGCAAUACACGAGCGAAGGACGGGAACCCAAGUUGAAAAACGCCGCGCAUGGAUUCUCCCUGAUCCAGGUGGAGAGCCUGAAGGUUACCAUGAAGGACAUUUUGCAGAAGGCUCUGAAGCGAAGGAAAGGGUCGCAGCGAGGCUCAGGACCUCAAUACCGCCUGGAGAAACAGAGUGAGCCCAACAUUCCCAUCGACUUGGAUUGUACCUUGGAAAGCCAAAGCACUCUGGAAUUUUGCCUCGUCCGUGAGAAUAGCGGAGGCUCGAGAGGGGAGGAGAUCUCGGAAGAAGAUCCCCAGAUCGAUAUCGCGACCGUCCAAGACAUGCUGAGCAGCCAUCACUAUAAGUCUUUCAAAGUCAGCAUGAUCCACAGGCUCCGCUUCACCACGGACGUCCAGUUAGGUAUUUCAGGCGACAAGGUGGAGGUAGAUCCUGUGACCAAUCAGAAAGCCAGCACCAAGUUCUGGAUUAAGCAGAAGCCGAUCUCCAUUGACUCGGAGCUCCUGUGCACGUGCGACCUUGCUGAAGAGAAGAGUCCAAGUCAUGCAAUAUUUAAGCUCACCUAUCUCAGCAACCACGACUACAAGCACCUGUACUUUGAGUCCGACGCUGCCACCGUCAACGAGAUCGUGCUGAAGAUGAACUACAUCCUGGAAUCCCGGGCCAGCACAGCCCGAGCGGAUUACCUGGCUCAGAAGCAAAGGAAGUUGAGUCGCAGGACCAGUUUCAGCUUCCAAAAGGAGAAGAAAACGGGACAGCAAUGAAGGCCGGGCUGGCCUGGAGCCGAACUGAAGAGACCCUGUCCGUUCUCGGGGGAGUAGGGGGAGGGGGGGGGGCUGAGCAGGGGAUGCCCUCAGUUGCCCGGGACUUUGGAAGAGGUGUGG